ACUGGCGGGCGGGGUUCCGGUAGGAGCGGCGCGUGCGCGUUGGGGUUUUGAGCCGGGUGCCGUCAGGGAGACGGAGAGCAGGCCUGAGGUCUGAGCCUGGGCCUGGAGUUGGACAGACAGAAGGAGGUCACUAUGUCGUCCAGGAGCCUGAGGAAGUUACGCGGGGAGCGGAUACAAGAGCCGCUGAAUCACUUCGUCGACCAGGAGGAGGAAGAGGAGAAGCCGCUGGAACCCGCUCCAACAGGGAAACGACGGAGGAACAGGAGAAAUAAAGCGGCAGCUGGAAGUCUGCCCCAGCUGAAAAGUGAAGCUGAUGGUGAGACUGAUGCAACUAAGGAGAAACAUCUUACGGAGGAGUCAGAUGGUAUAAACCUUAGGCUCAAGGACUCUUCAACUGUGGACAAUGACCACAUUGAAACAAUGCAGAAUAUAGAAAAUGAAGAACUUGAAAAAGAAAAUGAAGAAUUGGAAAAUGAGUCUGAUGUUUUGCAGACAAAUUCACAUAAUAAGCCCAAACGGAAGAAAAAGAAAAAGAAAAACCGCAACAGUACUCCUGAUGACACCCAGGAAGUUGUGACUGAUGACAUUGAUAAUAUUCUACAAGAGCUUGAGCGACCCAAUGGUUUUCAUUACCAAACACGUACUGCCAGUGCAGAAUCAAGACCACUGCUCUAUGUUGAACAUAGGAAUCUGAAUCCAGAGACUGAACUAAAGAGAUACUUUGGAGCUCGAGCAGUUCUUGGAGAUCAAAGAUCAAAGCAACGGCAUCGUUCACUACACAGGAGUACAUGGCUCACAACGCCAAAAGACACUUGGCCACGAUACACCAAAACAGGAAUUUCUAUGCAGCUGCUGGAGACAAAGAGUGGUGUUCAGUAUUUCAACUUUGAACACAACCGUGAUUAUCAACAGGUUCAGUUCAAGUUCUUGGAUGCUGUAGAUUCUAUGGACCCAAAUAACAUUCUGACACUGCUACGUGUGAACCCACAUCAUAUUGACUCUCUGUUGCAACUAAGUGACAUCUGUCGGAUGCAAGAAGAUCAGGAAAUGGCACGUGAUCUAAUUGAAAAAGCACUAUACUGUUUUGAAAGUGCAUUUCAUCCAGUGUUUAGCCUGACCAGUGGAAAUAGCCGAUUAGAUUAUCGGCGAGCUGAGAACAGGUCAUUCUUCCUUGCACUCUACAAGCAUAUGAUAUUCCUAGAGAAAAGAGGCUGUCCACGUACGGCACUUGAGUUUUGUAAGCUCAUCCGUAGCCUCGACCCUGAAAGAGAUCCACUAUGUGCUUUGUUGAUUAUUGAUUUUUUGGCAUUGCGAGCACGAGAAUAUGCUUUCUUGACACGACUUUAUGAGGAAUGGGAGUUCCAUUUGAAUCUGUCUCAGCUCCCUAAUUUCGCAUUCUCCGUUCCACUGGCUUAUUACCAUCUAAGUCAACGAGAAGAUCUAUCAGAUGCUGAGCGCUGUCAAAAGCAAGAGCGAGCUAAGCGUCUGAUACAAAAUGCUCUCAUUGUGUUUCCGAGUGUACUGAUGCCAUUACUGGAUCUUUGCAGUGUGCAAGCAGACCAGGCUGUGUUAUCACACAAGUAUUUUGGAUUUGAUGUACAGAUAAGACAGCCGAGUGCACUAAAGCAGUUAGUGACACUAUUUAUUGGAAGGAACUGGAUGUUGUGGAAGGAACCAAGAAUCAUGUCUUGGCUGGAAGAGAAUGUGAAGGAAGUGCUCAGCCGAGUAGAUGCAAAUGACCCACUUGUACAGGAGUCUGAAAACAAGAGAAGGAUUAGAUACCAGAAUGUUCCCAGGAACAUCCAUCGUCAUAUUAUACUGUCUGAGAUAAAGGAAGCUAUUGCAACUCUUCCACCUGAAGUAACUGCACAGCCAGUGAUGGGUUAUGAUCCACUUCCUCCACUAGACGGCAUUGUCACAUACACGAGACCUGAAAGGAUGAAUCGUGCAGCAGAUGGAAGCACAUUGUCACUCUUCUUUCGGUCUUUGUUGCCAAAUUUUAAUCUCCAGGAGGACAGGAGACAGAAUGUGGAAGGUGAGGGUGCAGAGGACCAACAUGAAUUGAAUCAAGGAGUGAACCGACUCAUGGCUGCAAUGAGGGAUAUGUUAGCAAAUAUCCAUUUCCAGGAACCACCACAGGAAGAGUAUCAAGAUGGUGAUGGUGAUGGAGAAUGGGAUUAAAAUUUCAUGUACUAAUCUUCAGCGAAAUGUAACUUGCAUCUGUAAGAAUAAUAACCACUUACAAAGCUGCACCAUAGUGAUAUAGAAACAUUUAUUAAAAGAUACAAUCAUAUUGUAUUAAAUUCCAUGGAUUCUUAUUGAGCAUAAGUGAAGAAAGCACUUUAAACAUCAGUAAUUUUCAAAUUACAAGCAACUCAAUGAAUAAUGAAUACUGUAAAUUUCAACUUCACGCUUGGCAAAAUUUUAUAUUUUUGGUCUAUAAAUCUAGUGAGCUUACAUGUUUUUAAACAGCCAAUAUAAAAAAGAAUCUGUAGGAUAUCAAAAAACUUGAAAGUAGAGGAGCAACUGUUGUUUUGUAUUUAUUGCAGUUUUAAUUUAAUUAUUUAAGUAAAAUGAAAUUGAUAUCUAGAAUUUACACAAGUGCUUUAUGAUGAAAUAAUGCUGUUACCAGAACAGCACAGGUGGCCAGUGCAUAACAGUGCCAACUAUGCAUAUUAAAUUCAUAUUUUUGAUUCACAGAAAAGGCUAAUUGUUUGAUCUGUUCAAUUAUAUUUGAAGAUGAUGGUUUCCUUUCUACAAAGUUUGACGAUAUAUUGGCACUUGGAAGGUGUGUGGAGCAAUCUAAGUUUAAUUAGAACUGGAGAAGUUGGCAGUCAGAAUUGGUGACAACGAUAAAGGAAUGAACCUGGAAGGUUGAAUCCAUUAAUCAAAGUGUAGGGAAGCAAUCCGUAUUUGAGGCUAUUCUGAAUAUGGUAAAACAACAGUAAACUCUUAUGAAUACUAAAGCAAAAUGCUGCAGAUGCUGGAACUCUGAAAAAACAAACUAAAAUAGUAGAAAAUAUUCAGCAUAUCGGGCAAUCUGUAGAAGGAGAAAUAGAGUUAAUAGACCAGUAUAAUCUAUCUUCAAGUGUAAUCAGAGAUCCUGUUACUGUAUAAAGAGUGCGCCAUACCACUGACAAGUACAUAAUUAAGAAAACUGUUAUUUCAAUUUAACAUCAAACUAGGAAUUUAGAGAAAAUGAGUGAGCAUACGUUGUAGUUCGUGGAAUGAGUUUGUGAAAACAACUUUGGAGACUUGAAGAUUGAAAUGCUUGUGUUAUCUUAAGGGAAGGUUAUUUGAGCUGAAAUAUUCAUGCUGUUUCUCUCUCUGUUGAUGCUGGCUGACCUGAACAUUUCCAGUGGUUUGUGUUUUGCAUGCUCUGAAUUCCUGACAGUGUUAAAUAUUGAUGAUUCUAUAUUCUUGUCGUGGUGAGCAGUUGCUUUUAUGUGAUGACUUAAGUUCUGGAUUAAAUUUGCUAGUAAUUCCAGGGAAGAAAAAAAAACUGUCAACUUAGAUAACUUAAACCAAACUGUCACCAGAAGAGUACAGAUCAGCCAUAGUCAUGAAAUGCAUCAUUAAUGUUUCAUCCUUUUGAUUUGGUUUCGCUUUAUUGUAGCAAAAUUCCAUACUUUUGUAAAUAGCAUUUAAGAUGCAAAAAUUCCAGUCCUUUUGGCUGUGAUGAGAUCUAAUUUGCGAACAUGAAAUUUGUUAUUUGAAUCCCA